UGACGCCAUCUCUUUAUUUUUACACCAAUGACCUAAUCCCAGCAGCGGCAGCAGCCUGCAAGUUUACUGACCAGCAAAAACUCUUUUCUCCCUCUUUCUCCUCCUCGCUUGUUUUGUUCCUUACAUUUAAUAAUUAAGCCUGUUCUGCCUUUCUUCAAUUACACCUCAGCUCUCUAUCGAGAUAAUAUUUUUCCCCUUUUCUUUUCUCUCCUUUCCUUUCCCCAGCUCCAGGUCAUCUUCAGUGAGGGAGAAAAAGCUAGAAACGCCCCCCCUUCCCUCCCUUUCUCCCUCUCUCUCUCUUUCUUUCUCUCUCAGUCUUCCAACCCUCCCUGAAAUUAAAAAAAAAAAAUGCCCUCCCUCCCGGAGAAUCCGAAGCGCAGAAAAAUUUCCCAGCGGCGUUGAAGAAGGGGAGACUCUUGGGAGAGUCUGGCAGAGUGAGAAGAGGCUGGUGGCAACUCCUAGUCCUUUUAAAGCCAAGACAAUUUAGAGGGGAAAAACCUCUUCCAAUAUCCCAACAGGCUCCUAGUCCGCUCUAAAGCUGGUGAUGGGGGAACAAAGGUGAAGAAUGAUGUAAUGGCAGGACCAGCCGAAAAGCAUCUUUUGUUUGAAUUGUGAAAUGGCCACUCUAUAGCCCAGGAUGAAUUGGGUGUGAGGGGCUGCUUUGUAGAAAAAGUCCUGUACAACCAGCACACAUUGACUGUGAAGCAGAGAAGGCAUUCAUCUCUGGAGGACCCUCUCAAGAGAAAAAUGGGUCUAACUUUUUGCUUGCCAGUCACCACCAGUAUGACCUCAUACACUUUGAGUACAACGGAAUGGUUAAGCCUUUAAGUGCAGAGCCAUUACAUCAUCUUCUUCAUCAUUGCUGCAAAUUGGAGAGGAAGGCAGUGGCUCAAGAAGGGCCUCUGUUGUUGUCAUGGCUGAGGAGAUGAAUGGUACUCGGCUCAUUGUCAGCGAACGGCUGGUGGCUUUGCUUGAAAGUGGCACAGAAAAAUUGCUGCUGAUUGACAGUCGCCCCUUUGUGGAAUACAAUACGUCGCACAUCUUGGAGGCCAUCAACAUCAACUGCUCCAAGCUCAUGAAGCGGAGGCUGCAGCAGGAUAAAGUGUUGAUCACUGAGCUCAUUCAGCAUUCUGCAAAGCACAAGGUUGAAAUUGACAGCAAACAAGAUGUGGUGGUUUACGAUCAGAGCUCAAAAAACGUUACCUCUGUCUCCCCUGAUUCUUUUCUAAAUGUCCUGCUGGGAAAACUGGAGAAGAAUUUCAGCUCUGUUUACCUGCUUGCAGGUGGCUUUGUUGAAUUUUCCAGUUGUUUCCCUGGCCUUUGUGAAGGAAAAUCUGUUUUAGUCCCUUCUUGUAUUUCUCAACCCUGCUUACCAGUCUCCAACACUGGGCCAACCCGGAUUCUUCCUCAUCUUUACCUUGGGUGCCAAAGAGAUGUCCUCAACAAGGAGUUGAUGCAGCAGAAUGACAUUAGCUAUGUAUUAAAUGCCAGUAAUACUUGCCCCAAGCCUGACUUUAUCCCAGAAUCCCACUUCUUAAGAGUGCCUGUGAAUGAUAGUUUCUGUGAGAAGAUUUUUCCUUGGCUGGACAAAUCUGUCGACUUUAUAGAAAAAGCAAAAGCAUCCAAUGGUCGUGUUUUGGUUCACUGCUUAGCUGGAAUAUCCCGCUCUGCCACCAUUGCAAUUGCAUACAUAAUGAAAAGAAUGGAUAUGUCCUUAGAUGAAGCCUAUAGGUUUGUGAAAGAGAAGAGACCAACUAUUUCUCCCAACUUCAACUUCCUUGGCCAACUUCUGGACUUUGAGAAGAAAAUAAAGAGUCAGAGUGGCCAAGCAGCACCACUCAGCAAACUCAAGCUUUUGCAUUUAGAAAAAAAUAGUGACCAUGGACUGGGAAGUGGACAGAGCAGCAGCCUCCGCUCCUCUUCUCAGCUCUCAACUACGUCUACCUCAGAGACUGUGGAGCAGAAGCCAGUGGAAUCUGGAAAACUGCCGGGUUGCUCAUUGCUAUCAUUAGAAGACAGCCCCUUGGUACAAGGCAUACUUGGGCUAAACAUGUCCUCUGAUAAAGUUGAAGACAGUAAUAGGCUGAAGCGCUCCUUUUCCUUGGAUAUCAAGUCUGUUUCAUGCACGGCUAGCAGCAACUGUGUUGCUCCUUCUGGACAGGGCUACACCUCCUUGGAGGACACCUUAGAAUAUUACAAGCAUUCAGCCACCUUGGAAAGCAGCAGCAAAUUGUGCCAGUUCUCUCCUGUUCAGGAGGUUUCAGAACAGACACCUGAGAGUAGCCCAGACAAAGAGGAAGCCAAGCUUCCUGAGAAAUCCCAAAAUGCCUGGCAGCUGGACAGCCAGAGCAAAUGGCAGCCCUCGGGGAGAACCACUAGUGGCACGCAGAGGUCGCUCUUGUACCCACUGCACCGGAGUGGCAGUAUGGAAGAUAACUAUAGAACAAACUUUGUCUUUGGCCUUUCGACCAGUCAGCAGCAUCUGGCCAAGUCAGCGGCUGGGCUGGGCCUGAAAGGCUGGCAUUCGGACAUUUUAGCUCCUCAGGCUUCUGCAGCAUCUCUGACCAACAGCUGGUAUUUUGCUGCGGACACGUCUCACUUUUAUUCUGCUUCUGCUAUAUAUGGGAGUAGCACUGCCUACUCUGCUUACAGCUGCAGCCAGCUGCCCACAGGCUGUGAGCAAGCCCAUCCUGUGCGCAGGAGAGAGAAGCAUGGCGACCGGGGAGACUCUCGUCGGAGUUGGCACGAGGAGAGCUCCUUUGAGAAGCAGUUUAAGAGAAGGAGCUGCCAGAUGGAGUUCGGGGAAAGUAUAAUGUCAGAGAACAGGAGCCGAGAGGAGCUGGGGAAAGUGGGCAGCCAGUCCAGUUUUUCAGGCAGCAUGGAGAUUAUUGAAGUAUCUUGAAACGUGAUUUCACACUUCAUGUGUAAAAAAAUUCCCUGUAAAUCUGAAAUUAUGGAUUGUGGGGCUUCAGUGUGUGAAGGAUGUUAUGGGGUGUGUGUGUGUCUGUCUGUCUCUGUGUGUGUGUGUAUUAAAGAGAACUUUUAAUGAUAAGUAAAAAAAUGUGCAGUGAUUGAUCAGCUAUCUUCUCUUGCCUAUUAUUACCACCCUUAAGGCAGAAAGGGCAGCUAUCUUCAUUUAUCUUGAUCAGGGAAGGGUAAAGUUCAACUUUCUGAAUGUUGCUGGACUACAACUCCCAGCCUUCCUUGCCCUUGGUUGUGCUUGUGAAGAGGAAGAGGAGCUGCAGUCCAACAACAUUUGAAGGACUGCACUUUGCCCACCUGUGCCCUUUGACAGAUGAAACAGAACUAGACAAAAGAACUGCAUGUCUUGUUUGUGUUUAAUGGAUUUUCCUUCAUAAAUCUGGCCAAUCAUCUGGUUCUACUGAAUUAUUUGUUUGAAAGCUCAGCUGCAGAAAGCUCUUUCUAUCCCCCCCAAGUGCAAGAAUGCAUCUGAACCUGAGACUGAGCCGGCCUUUGAAGAUUAUUUCCUUGGAGUGGGGGUGGUAGUGGUGGUGGAGGAUAAAAGUACACUCCUACUGUUAAUUGUUUAGGAGGAAGGUUGGACUGAGAACAAGUCUGUCAUGAGGCUGUAUUGUGUGAAUGCCGACUUAAUGGUUUUUGAUGACCAACAUGUCAGAAUAAGAAGCUUGAACUGGUGUGUUUUUGUUUGUUUGCUUGUUUGUUUUCUGGCACUCCACCAACCUGGUUGCUUGUCAAUAGUUGUUAUGUGGUGUUCUUUUAAGGAUAAAAUGGAUUUCAAGCUCUCCACAAACACCAAUACUCUCAUUGGCAUCCAAGAUAUUAAAACAUUAUGGUCUCCACUAAGCCUACAUUUGUCCCACAGUUUGUGCGCAUGCAUGCUAAAGCAUGUUUUGGAAAAUUAAGACCUCCUGUUAGGUUUCUCCCUCUCCAUCUGUUAGUAUGUACUGAGCAGGUGGCUUUAGUCCAAGGAAGAAAGGAUGCAAUAGCAUUCUGUGACACAGGGAAGCAUCACUGCUUUCCAGAAGGAAUGGUUCUAAUCCAUGGCCUGGCUGAGGAGAAAGAUGGGUUUGUGGGAGAUGAUAUUAACUGGUCUGGGUUUUUGUUUUGUUUUGUUUUUGCAAUGAAUAUUCUGUCAGUUCUUUUUGGAGAUAACUCAAAAUAUACGUAUCACACCACACUCAGAUCCCAAUGUCAUCCUGCCAACAGUUCCAUAUAGAAAUACUAUGGGGUUGAUACUGGCAGGCCCUAUAAGAGAUCUGAAGUAGCCACAGCAUGGGACUUUUGCCAGAUAAGGAGAAAAAAAAGAAAAGGAUAUUGUUGAGGAAAUCCAGACUGGCUAAUGUGGGGGACAGCAAGACAAUUCAGUCUUAGAGCUGGGCUGUUUGUAUUCCGUAGCCUUUUGUUUUCAAGCUUUUCCUCCUCCUUCAGAGGAAGGGACUGUCCGGCAUUUGUACCGUGGUCCACACUGCUUUUGUCCUUCUAGAAGUGAGACUCAGAUUUACCCUGUCCUCUGUAUAUUUUUAAUUUUGGGAUCAAAUGGGAGUGUCAUGUAAUUGGGUUUUAGAUAAGAAAUGAAAAGUGUUGAGUAAAUCUGAAUUUGGCUAAUUCAAAUUUAAAACAAUAAUAAAAGUACAACUGCAGAAAGCACUGAUGUCCAAGUGAUAAAAAAGAUGUAUAGUUCUUAAUAAAUGGGGUUCUAAAUGCACAGAAA